AUGGAUCAGAUCGGGUCACAAUUUAGUAAAUUCAGACCUAAUCCGAAAAAUAGAACAUGUUCAAUUUUAGAAUCCGACCCGGCUCUAUGGAUUCUUUAAAUCGAGUCGGAUCGGGUCUAAAUAAACCAGGUUGGAUCAAGAUUACGAGUCAAUUCGUCCGAUUUGCAGUCUUACUCACACAUGAUAAACUUCCCAAAUGGAUUAUGUUUUCCUAACCGAAGUCUACCUGAACCAAGGACCCAAAAAUUUCGACUUCCUGACCCACCAUUUGCAGCCCUGCGCAACAAAUGGACGGGGAGGACUCAGCGCCGUGCCGUCACUCGUCCGUCAGCACGGGGGCAUGCGCAGGCUUUCGCACUCGCUCCGAGGUCUCCCCUCUUUGGGGCGGACGGGCUUAAUCUCCCGGCCUCCGGAGGCCAGCACCGCCGUUCCCGAGGCGCCGCCGCCCCGCCCCUACCGUCCUCCGGCUUCUGCCGGGAUCUCGCGGUGCCGCUCCGACGUCCUUGGAUCCUCUAUUCUUCAAUUGCACAACAGGAAGCCCUUACUGACAGGGAUAAGCGAUGUCAGAACUGCUUUAUCGCGGCGCUUCUCUUCGAUCAAUGAAAGAGACGAUAUUUCGCUUGAGGAAGAUGCCGAGAGGAAAGUGGGUUGGUUAUUGAAACUCAUCUUCAUGGGAACUGCAUCAGUUGUUGCUUACCAGUUCUUUCCUUACAUGGGGGAUAAUCUGCUGCAACAGUCCAUCUCACUUUUGCAUGUCAAGGAUCCCUUGUUUAAAAGAAUGGGAGCAUCCAGACUGGCUCGUUUUGCAGUUGAUGAAGAAAGGAUUAUGAAAGUAGUAGAAAUGGGUGGAGCUCAAGAACUUCUGAAUAUGCUUGAGGCUGCAAAAGAUGACAAAACACGCAAGCAAGCCCUGAAAGCUCUUGUUGCUCUUUCUCACUCUGAUCAAGCUGCUGAGGCUCUGCACCAAGCAGGUGCAAUCACUACUGUUAGUGCCAUACCAAAUUCCUCGGAGUAUGCUGAGGUUGAAAUGUACAAGUCCAACCUACUUAGGAGGUUUCAAGAACUACAACAUGCUGCCAUUGCAUUAGAGGGAAAAGGCAAUUGAUUGAUGCAUCAGUUUCAAGUUUUCUCAUUUUAGUCCUGAUGCAUAACCUUUUUUACAUGGUACGGAAGUAACUCAUUGGCCAUUUUUCUUGCUAUCUAGUCUUGGAGAACCCUAAAAUGUGUCUGAAGUUAAUUGUUACUUUACGAGGCUGUGUGCAUGCUUUACAUGGAUUAUGAGGGCUUCAUCAGAAUGUCCUUUGUUGAAAUUGAUUUUUCUCUUGGACUUUGUAGUUUUCUUGUUCUCAUCAUAUUCUCUUAUUCUUAUUUGGGAA